CUGUUCUCUUUUCAGCCAGAAGUGUACUGUGCGCUCGAGCAAGGUCCUUCUGAAGCCGAAUACGCCACGUGUUUUAAGAUCAUAUGCGAAUGCCGCUUGAAAGAGUCUGUGCUGAGAUUGAUCAUUGGGGAUCAUUUUACAAGUUUGGAUAAUCAAGAGGCAAUACGGAUAAUUGAAGGGCUGACAAAGAGAGCAGUUGAGAAUCGAGUGGCUGCAGAUUCCUAUCUACCUUUGGUCAUCCUUUCCAAUCCUGUCCAUCUGAUAGAUCGACUAUUUCAACUCAGCACGUACCGAUCUCCCGGAAUCACUAUGCCUGAGGAGUUCAACCAGUUUGCAUUCAAAAAGUACUAUUGGAAAGCGUGGUAUAUCGUAAUGAUGUGGACAUGUGCCGGUAAAGUCAGCGACGAAAUGGAAAAAAUCUAUGCGACUUACCCUCAACUACGCCUGUAUAUUCAUAUGGUACUUGUAAAAUCAUUCCGGUUUCCUUUGGAAUUUGAAGGGAAAACACCUGAGGAAUGGGAUGCUGUCGAAGCUGAGACGGCUGAGAGGGAGAAAGAGGCCCUAGCCGUAGAUUGUGCAAUGGCUUCACGUUUAUGUGAAUGUCGGCAGCCUGAUAUGGUUGAUCAGCUGAUAAAAAAUGUCGGACCAUCGAAAGCGAUGCCGGCUAUACAGGAGCUCUUCGCAGCAAACUCGUCGGCCAUAGAAGCGAUGCCUGCCUCGACUCUAUGCCAAUUCUUACAGUAUGAUUUACAGCGACGAAAACAAGCAAAGACGGAGGAAGGCAGCGCAGUUCAUACGGUGGGUGAUAGGAGAGGAGCAUCUGGUCACCUUUGA